CCGUAACCUACUGGCUUUCUCUCGUGCUUCUGCACUAGUUUAGUGCUAGGUAUGAGCGUGAGCGCUCACCGAAGAGCGAAGGGUUGAGUUAAUCCCAGAUCCCGAAGAAUCCAGCUUUAAAAUGCCCUCCCAACUUCUGGAUUACCUCCCACGGGAGAUUCGUGACCAAAUCUAUACCAUUGUUCUGGCAUCGCCGACCGGACUACUUUGUCUACCAGUGAGAAGAGCACCACGCAUUGAUAAGCUGGGUUUACAUCACAUGGUGGGUUGCUUUAGACUUGUCCCUUUCGAUUCAGAGAAAGAUCUCCCGUGGGACGACGAUAGCAGGAUCAAGUUAUCACUUCAUCGGGUAUGCAAACAGAUUCACGCCGAGGUCGAGAGUCUGCUUUGGCAACUCAACGGUAUUCGAUUUAUGCGCCCGACUGAGCUGAGAUACUUUCUUCCCUGGCCUACCUUGGCAACACAGUUGCGGCAAUAUUUGCAGUACAUCGAGAUGGAUUUUGAACUCUUCGAGCCAAGAUACUUUCUGGAUACGCAAAGAGCACUCGAGACUUUCGUGGAAUGGUCCCGGAAGGGAAGCUUGAAAGGGUGCACUCUGCGGUUUCCUCACAAGGCCAUUCGUCAAAGUGGUACUGGCACCCCCUUUGAGAUUGGCCUCGGCUUGAGGCGAAUGUCAAGGCAGUUCAGGUCCGUUGGCAGCCCAUCGGCCAGAGAUUGCGACGAUUAUUUGGAUCUGUUGAAGAAGUGUGGCUCUAUUGAUGGAUUUCCGUCGCAUGUGGAAACGAAGUUGGUGGUAAAUACUGGCUUCGCAAGUCGAACGCCGAAUGAGAAAGAGGAGUGGUUGGAUAAUUGGUUGAGACUCGAUCCAAGUGGAUUCCUAGCAGAAUUGAAUGAUUCCUUUGGUGGGGAGCUUUGGAUAGACGGCAUUUUGUGCUAUAAGGAAGGACUGAAAGUGAAGGAUCCUUUCGAAGACGAACUAGAAUGGGCCACGGAAGAAGAAAUCAUCGAAAGCACAGAGGUCUUCUAAGCUCUAAAUCGGCAGAGCAUGUGCGCUUUGCGAGUGUCCCUCAGGACACGUCGAGCCGGCCUACACUUCCUAUCCCGACCAUCAACAUAGUC